UUUAGUUAGUUUUAAGUAAUUACUAUGUAAACGUAAAUAUUAAUAUGAUUUGUUUACAGAUUUGUACAGAGUUUGUUUAUUGUUAUUUUCACUUUAAUAUUUCGUUGAACUUAAAUCGGAUAUCCGGUGUCGGAUACUACUACGUACUGAGUGUCCACGAGUGCGAUAUACGGUCUUUCCGUUUAUAGGUCUCUGCAUUGCUUCACAUUUGUCGCAAUGAAGUUGAACGUAUCAUAUCCUGCAACAGGAUGUCAGAAAUUGUUUGAAAUCUCCGAUGAGCAUAAGCUGAGAAUUUUUUAUGAAAAGCGUAUGGGCGCGGAAGUAGAGGCUGAUGCUCUCGGCAACGAAUGGAAAGGAUAUGUCGUUCGUAUCUCGGGCGGCAAUGACAAACAAGGAUUUCCUAUGAAACAGGGUGUUCUGACUAAUGGGCGCGUACGUUUACUGCUCUCAAAAGGACAUUCAUGCUAUAGACCUAGACGUGAUGGUGAGCGUAAACGUAAAUCUGUCCGUGGAUGCAUCGUCGAUUCCAAUCUUUCAGUUCUUGCUCUCGUCAUUGUCAAAAAAGGAGAAAAGGAUAUCCCGGAUUUAACUGACAAGGAAGUCCCACGGCGAUUGGGACCCAAGAGGGCGAGCAAAAUUCGCAAGUUGUUUAAUUUAUCCAAGGAAGAUGAUGUCCGUCGAUUCGUUGUGAAACGACCAAUUCAAAAAGAGGGUAAACCACAGCGGUCGAAAGCCCCUAAAAUUCAACGUCUUAUUACCCCACUUACACUCCAGAGGAAGAGGCAUAGACUGGCUCUAAAGAGGAGGCGUUGCUUGGCUCGCAAGCAACAAGCAGCAGAGUAUGCGAAGCUGUUAGCACAACGGCAGAAAGAAGCUAAGAAUAGACGUCAAGAAGAACUAAAACGAAAACGUAGCGCUUCUAUGCGUGAUUCGAGAUCAUCCAGUCAGUCUGCACCUACCAUUCAAAAGUAAAAGACUGCAAUGAUACAGCCUAAUGCAAUAUGAAACUAAUAAGUUGUGUAUAAAUAUGUUGUAAUAUUUUGUUGACCUCUCAUGUUCCGUAUUCGCAAUGUUCAUUUAUUCACUAUUACAUUCGUUUAAAUUUAUACAACGUAUAGAUAAGGUAGAGGCUUAUCAAUUUACUUAAUUAGUAAUUUUUAAGGAUUCUGAAAUGAUUUAAACCAAAUUUUAGUGUUCAGCAACAUCAACGGUCAGUUUAAUAUUAUUCUUAGUUUAAGACGAGUAUCGAAUUUAAUUUCUUAACAUUGUACUAAAGUUUAGUUGUAGCAGAUUCUAAAUUUAUUAAAUUCGGUAGAAUUUUUUACUCCAUGUUUACAGCAAAAUAAUCAUUCUAUUCUGUAAAUAAUCAUUCUAAUUCUAUUUGAUAUUCUGUAAUGAACCUAACUCUUCAAUUUCGAAUAAUAUAUACAGAGAUACAUAUGUAGAUUGUAAAUAAAGUAUGUUUAAUAUGUAUAUUGCAGCUGUAGCAGUCAAAUAAUAUUUACGUUUACUGCCUCGUCUCGUUGGAUAGACACUGUAUAUAUAAACGUAAUCUACAUAAUCUCAUUAUUUGUACAUUAAGUAUCAAUUUUGUUGAUGUUAUCGAUGAUUGACCAAUAAAGAGAUCGGAGUGAAUUUAA